AUGUCGGACCUAUUCAAUAACCUAGCCGCCGAAUCCAGAAUCCCACCCAUGUCGGACCUCUUCAACAAUGCAACUUUGACUAAUGAUGAACUCCUAUCGCCAAACCGCGAUAUCUCUAAGCCCCAAGAGCGUCCGACGCCAAUUUCUGUAAAUGGAAUGACGCCCAAACGCCCUACCAAAAUCCCCUCUGUCCCGGAGAGGCCGGAUUGGCUGCCGGAAGGAUGGAGAUUUGAGCAUAAAGUCAGGACUUCCGGCGUUUCGGCAGGAUUGUAUGAUAGGUACUACAUUGAGCCCAUUUCAAAGCAUCGUUUCAGGUCGAAGAAGGAAGUUGAAUAUUUCCUUGAGACAGGGGCGCUCAAACGCCCAGCUUCUAAUGCUGUUGUUGAUGCUGAUGAUAAUGAUGAUAAUGAAGAAGGAGAACAAGUUGGAUGGGAUUUUGAUCCUAAAUGCGUUCCUGAACAUGUUAGAUGGACACUUGCUGAUUCUUCAACUGACCGUUGGGAUGCAUUUAUCGGUGUUGUCAUGGUCAAUCAACCAACAACUAAGAUUUGGAAAGAUCGUGUUACCCAGAAAAACAAAUAGUUUUUAUUUUGUACUAUGCAAAGGAA